AUGGAAGCCAAAAUGGCGGACCCUUCUGGAGAAGGAUGGCCAUCCUUUCUUGGUGAAACAAUGUCGGAUUUGAGGACGAAUUUUAACAGUGAUAAGGGGAUGAAUGAGCCCAUGAUUGACGGUUUUGACGGUAAGUCUUUUCUUGUUAUAGUAUCGGCUAGAAACCUUCGCAAAAAGUAACAUUUUUUGGUUAGGUAACAAAGGUGAUGGACUGCAGUUUCUCUUUGUUUACGCGCCAAAUGGCUUUGUUGUUUUAAUGAGCGGCAAAUAAGUAGAUCAUUGUAUGGCUUAUUUUUCUGUUUGAGGAUCGAUGCAUAAGCAUUAUGGGUUUUUCUCCUCGAUCUAUAAUGUUGCUUUUGGUCGAACAUUGUUGAUGAAUGAGCUGAAGUAUGUAAGCAUAAGCUUAUGCUUUAUCAGCACCCUUCUCACUACUUCCUUAUAUUGAAAAGUUGAAAAUGUAUUUAAAUCCUUGCAGACUAUAUUCUCAAUGAAUUUGUGUCUAUAGACAUUUCAAAGACAAAAAUAAAAGGAAAAACACACGCAGCACUUGUUACAUGGACUUUCACUUUCAGAAGGAUAUUGCCUUUUCUUCCAAACCACAGCAACAAACAUCUUAUCAACCUCAUGGAUACAAAGUUUUGUUUGAAAGGAUAAAAUGUCGGUCAAGCGACUGACCUUUGUUCACUGCUCUUGGCACUCGUGUUUUUCAGUUGCUGUUGUACUUUUUUUUGUAUCUAAACAUGCAGAGUACAUGUGAUUAGGUGAUAUGUAGACUUACAUUGUAAUUAAAAAAAACUGUACACAAAUUUUUUUUUUAUUUUUAUGGUGUUGAGGAACUCAGCAAAUGUUUUAGAAGGCUACAUCAGUCCUACCUUCUAAAGAAAUCUUAUGUUUUGGACCUUAAUUUUAAUACUCCAGAUUGAUGACUUUAUUAUUUAACUUGGAAAAAAUGUGCUGAACUAAACACUUUAAUGACAGUCGUUGUUCUAGUUUCCUCUCUUUAAUUUCCUGGGGACUGGAUUAAACUGGGGCAGGGUUAAUCCUUUAAACCCUAAGAUCAAAAUUUGAAUUCUCAUUUGUUGCCCCUAUUCAUUUCCUACAAAAGAAUUGGGGAGAAAUUGAUAAAAUAUCAAGCAAAUUCAUCUUGUGUGAUCAUGUCCUUAAUUCUCAUGACCACUCUGUUUUACAAAGCAUUGAUAUUACAAGGAGAAAUUUGAUGCUGAUCACUCUUAGGGCUUAAAGGGUUAAACCAGUUGCAGGCUUUAUUCCCAAAACCAGACCAAUACUCAGGCUCUUAAAAGCUACAAGAAUAAUUAUUGUAGGGUUGUGUUAUGGUGAGUUUCACAUUUUUUGGUCAAGCUAAGCUAGAAUUGUGUGUAUAACCAAAAUAUUCUCAGUCAUCUUGUCGCAUACUUUGGGAACUCUAAAAGAAUGAUUUUGUCAAAGUUUCAAUAAAGAAUGAUCAGUUUUUGGUCACCCCAUAAAUAAGGACCAACACUGGCAAAUUUACCUUUGUAUGUGUAGCCUCCAAAUUAUUGGAAACGGUACCAACAAACUUGAAACGGUUCUCUACUAGCAGUUUUAAAAAGCUUUAUAAAAAUCAUCUGUUCAAAUGUCAGUCAUAGUUUCUUUUCUUCUGAAUUUCCCACUAAAACUUACUUUGUAAUUAUAUCUACCGGUAUUAUUAUCUUUUUCUUUUUCUUAUAGGUGGCAGUUGCUUAUUGAGGCUUAACUGUAAUCUGUGCUUAGAGUAAGGGAGGGGAUAGAAAAAAGGACAAAAAAGCUCCUAAACAUAAGCACAAAGACUUACACUAAUAAUUAAGCCAACAACACAAAACUUGCAAAGCCUUUUGGCUUUUCUAUGUGCUGGGAAACUCCACUGCAUGCAUAAAGAACCCAUCCCAAAGGACAAUUUUGCCAUUUAAACUUGCUUAGGUUAUAAUUUAUUUGCCAAAGAAAAACUAUUUUUGAAAAUCAUGCAAUUUGAUCUACUUGAGACAUUUUACAGUCAAAGCUCUCGUAAGCGACCACAUCGGAAAUUCGGAAAAGUGGUUGUAAAAGUGGUAAAAUAAUAGGGGAUGGUCACUGAGGACAGCUUCAGAAACUCAUUGAUAAUUCACAAAGAAAAAACAAAAGAAAUUAAUGUUUAAUGAGUGUCUGUAUAUCCGAACUUUAUUGAACUGUUACAAAUACAAUACUGCACCAUACAAGAUCUUUAUCAUCGAACCAUUAGUGCAGUGUGCAGUUUCAUUGUAGUGUUGGUUUUUAUGAAUAAGACUCUGAGUGGUCACUUACAAGAGCUUAAAAACAAAGGAAAAGUCCAGUUGGGUAAUUCCAAAAGUGGUCAUGGUCGCUUACUAGAGCGUUUCAUUACAAUGUUUAAGUCACACUUCAAACAGGGUUUCACAACUUUAGGUGGUCGUAACUAGAGCUGGUUGCUUAUUAGAGUGGUCGCAAGGAGAGCUUAGAGUUUACUUGACAUUUGUUACAUUUCUUAACUUAACUUUUUUUUUGUUAUUUAGAGAGAUUUUUGGACUUCCUUUGUGGACCAACUUCAGAACUUAAUGGUACAACAGCAGGAGUCAACAUAAAGACUGAACCACCAAACUCUGUUCUUUCGCCACCCAUAACUCCUCCUGAAUCAUCCAUGGCCAUAGAUGAGGACUGUUCAUCUUUCAGUUUUGAAGACUAUCUUUCAAAAGCUACACCCCAGCAAGGACAAUCAGUACUGUCACUGUUACAAACUCCCAUUGCAGUAAAACAGGAGGAGAACUUAAAUGUAAAUGGUACUACAGCCCCUUUGCAAAGCCAGAACACAGCUACACAGCAGCUGCUUAAUUUACUCCAGGGACAGAAGAACCAACAGGGACUACAAUCCAUGCAUAACACAAGCUUAGAGCAACUUCUUCGGGAACCUUCAAUUCUAGCUCCAGCCUCUCGAACUCCUGUUGUCACAUCUCCGCCACCAUCUGUGACUCAACAACAGUCAGUUAUAACCCAACAGGUAAGAAAUGCAAAAGCUCUCACUUUCAAUAAACCUGGCACCUGAAAUAAACCUGAGAGUAUUGUACUUUAGAGUAAUGAUCAUUUACCUGCUCCUUCCCAUGACUUCUGAUGAUGUUGCUCAAACUUUGAGACAAGAGAAUCUGUAUCAAUCAUCAGAUAUACAGUGUACAAUGUAUGUUGCAUUAUUAAAAUUAAGUCCGAGCAUCUGGCAAUAAACAGAGCUUAUGUGGUCAGAGAGAAGACAGGGAAGACAAAAUUUUUUCACAAUUGGCAAAAAUGAUAAGCUUACUGAAUUAAAGCAGUAGUCCUUAUGCAUUCUACAAUAAUUUCUCCAUUGUGGGUAAAAUCCUUACUCAGCUUAGAUCAGUAUUCAGCCUAUUUCGGUUCAGAAUUUCUAUUGUUUGGUUGCCCAAAUUAUUCAUAGGAGUCAAAGGAAAUAUGGUGGUUAACCUGAAAUUGGAUUUUACCAGCAAAUCAUAGCUGUUUAACAAUAAAAUUGUACCUUAAUAUUUCCAAUUCCAUUCACUGUACCUAUGAGCUAGUGAUGUUUACAAUAAUAAUAACAGGCAAUGAUAAGAGGAUAACAUAAUGAAUUCUGCAGAAAAAUCGACAGAAAGAAGCUGUAAAUAAAGUUAAUCCCAUGAGCAAAGAUGAGCAUGGUGUGAGGUGCCUGUGAGGCUGUGGAGCCCUAAACUGCGGCCAAGUGCAUUGUGUAACCUUGACAACCCUGAGAGUGGCAUCCACCCAGGCACCGUCACAUUGCUAACUAGUGGAACCUAACUUACUUACCAUAAUUAUACUUACUGGAGGGGCGAAAGGCUAGGGAGCAGAAAAGACACUUUGCAGAAAUGAGCCACGACCGACAACAACAUGCAAUGGCUUGACCUCAAGAGAAUGGAUGUGGAAAGACUGACAAUCCCCUGUGACACAAUUAAUUAGGGCGCCCUGCAUAUCUCUGAUGAGAGACAGCUGGCCAGCCAUGUUAUGAGUUUAAAUUAGCCCAAAUUCCAUUAUUUUAGCCACAUAAGUGAUGGGGUGCUGUUUAAAGUCCUUUUUGGAUGUCAAGGAGAUGGUGCUCCUGACAUACAAUGUAGGGUUUCAUAGAUGAGGGAGAGGGAAAACGAGGGAGUAGUCCGGGAUGAUCUUUUCACUUUGUUGACUGGUAACCUUGAAAUAAACUUAUCUGAUCUUGUGCUACCUUCAACAGACUCCUCAAACUACUCCUCAGCUUUUGCAGCUUUUGAUACAGCAACAGCAACAACAGCAACAACAGCAGUUGCAGAAACAGCAACAACAGCAGCUGCAACAACAAUUAUUGCAGCCCAAACCACAGCCACCACAGCAGCCUGCUCAGCCUAUGUUGAAUCAGACUGCUAUCCUCCAGCAAUUACUGCAGCACCUUGGUGUGUGGCCAACGCAGCAGCCGCCAUCAACACCACAGCAACAAGUGGUGGUUUCUGAAGAACAGUCAUCGCCACAACAACAAGUUCCAUCGCCUGUGUCUGUGUCCUCAGUGUCGUCCACCCCAGGAUCCCCUCUGCAGCCAACCUCUCCUGUUUCACCUGUUAAAGUGAAUGUCAAAGCUUCAAGUCCACAGGCACAACAAGUAUGUUGAGGUUUUUUACAAUUUAUUUUGUGAGCAAGUGCCUGUUACAUAACAGAAACACUGCUGGAAGCUCCAGAAACAUUGCUUGGUGUGCAAAAUCAAGCAUACAAUGUAGUUCACAAAGCCAAACAAACACACUUAUUAUUAUCUAAUUUUGUUCUUAUUUGGGGUAUCAUACCUCCUUUCAAAUAAGCCCAAACCAAAACCCACCCCUUCCCCCAAAAAAAAGUGAAGAAGUACUAAAGUUCAAAUAUAUUUUCCCAUAACCCUUGGUUACUUUUAUAUUUUGCAGUUUUGCAAAAUAAAAAACUACUUCUUGUAGUUGUUUUAAUAAGGCAUUUAAGACCUCGAAUACGCGCCCACCUCGAAUAAGCGCCCACUCUCAAGGUCCACAAAUUUAAUAAGCGCCCAGGGCAGUUAAUCGAAUAAAUACGGUAUCUAAUUUUGUUCUUAUUUGGGGUAUCAUACUCCUUUUGAGCCCAAGAAGCCUUGAAAACGUGCAAGUUCAAAUAUAUGACCCAUAACCCUUGGACUUUCAAUUGCAGUUUUAAAGAAAAUACUGUAGUUGUUUAGGCAUUUGACUGUGCUAAAUUGCUUGAAAAGUGUUGAUUUUCGUAAUGCUGGGUAACUUUGUUGGGUAUUGCAAGCUGAGGCUAUUUUUGAUACUGGGCCCAGUUGUUUGAAGGCCAUUAUUAGCUCUUAACCCAGGGUUAAAUUUAGCGGCGGUAUCUUUUCUUUUGUUCAAAAGCAUUUUCUGGGAUACUUUUCUCUGAUAUUUUUAAGAGCAUCCAAUCAUCAACUUGUUGACAAAAAGAAUUAAACAGAAUUUACUUUUUAAGCUUUCAUAUCUGACUUCAAAUUUUGUGCUAACCCUGGGUUAUCUUAACCCAGCUUUGAACAAGAUUUACCAAUAUUUAGUAAGUCCAAAGGCUCUGUCUUAGAGCCAAGUAUUUUCUCUCCAAGUAGGAUAGUACUUGUAUUACUCACAUUCAGUGGUUAAAUAACAACUUACAUCAUUUCCAGUCUCAACUCCAAACUCAAGUUGUCAAGUCAGAAGCUCCUGCAACUGUUAUUGGAACCUUAGACUUGAGUCAGUCAACACUUCAACCCACCCUGUCUCAGGGCCCCAACGGUGUUCUAACAGCAACAAUACCCAUUGUUUUGGAUGCUAACAAGAUACCUAUAAGUCGCCUGGCUAACUCCAAGGGACAAAGUGGUGUUAAAACUGAAAAGCGCUCAGCUCAUAAUUUGAUCGAGAAGCGUUACCGAACUAGUAUCAAUGACAAAAUUGUGGAGUUGAAAGACCUUGUUUGUGGGCAAGAUACGAAGGUAGGCUUAGUUAAGUCUCAAUACUGAUUUCUUGAUUGAGCUGAAGCAACAUCUUUUUGGUUACUCAAUACUGAUUGUAACAAAAAUGAUUUUUUGGAAAGCUUUCCUUCUUGAUUAUGUAUUCCCACGCUUUCUGUUCACCAAUUGUCCACUUCUUUCUUUUUCAGAUGAAUAAAGCAGGUGUUUUGAGGAAGGCGAUAGAGGUCAUUCAUAAACUUCAAAAUGAUAAUGCACGACUCAAGCAGGAGAACAUAGCUCUAAAAAUGGAACAGCAAAAGAGAGGUGCAUUUCUUUCCAAACUCAUUGAAGUAAUUUUCAAAUACACAACAUCCUUUUAUUAAAUCAACUUAAAUUUGAUGAAUGUAUAAUUAUGCCAUUUGUAUAGUCAUGAACAUAAGCUAGAAUCACCUUAUGGCUCACGGUUUCCUGCGUCCUGGUUCCACGUAAAAUAGGUAGACUGUUUUUUUUUUAAGUAUUGGUCAAAGUUAUUCUGCAAAGCAGCAGCAAAGCAAAGCUGAGAAAGCUGAGUUAUGCAAUCACGUGGAAGCCCUUGUAGACCUGGCUGUCAGCCUGCACAAGCCUGCCUGCCUGGGGCUCGACUGCUGAUCCACUAGUGAAGUCUCGAGAUUAACCUUGCCUAAAUUACAAUUUACUAGGCAAGUUUGCAAGAUCGUACUCCUCCUUUUCAUAGGUAGCUUAAGUGUCAAGUCUGUCCCCAUUAGGGAAAGAAAUGUUACUUAGUCGGGCUCUGUUGGUUCUAUUUUCCUUUCAUUUCCGAUGAAAACGUUUGCGGGUUCUUGCUCAUAGUAUCCCAUGAUUUUCAACUGUGUUGUUUUCAAACUGUCUGAGCAAAAAAAAAAAAUUCACUGUGAAUCACAACACAUGGCAGUUGUGAUAAUAUAUCAACUCGUGAGCCUUUAAUAAUCCUUUAGCCAUGUGACUAAAAAUGACAACUGUAAACAGUUGACAUUAUUUUUCAUGGAUUGUGGGUCUUUCUCUUUGCCAGAAACCAUCAGUGAGCUUGUAAGGAAGCAAAAGGAACAGCAGACAAAACGAGAAGUAACAGAAGAUACUGUCAUGACUGAAACAUCAGCCACCCAGAAACAAGACAACAGUGAGGUGGAAGAAGUCAGCAAGACCAGUAGCAUAAUACCAAACCCAUUAACGCCACCCACACCUGACUCUCUUACAAAAGACAAGACACAAGUCAAGGUGGAGGCUCUUCCUGUCAGUAGCUGUGGAAUGAUGGAUCGCACUCGUGUAGCUCUUUUUGCCUUCAUGUUCACCUUCUUGUUCAUUAACCCAUUGAGUUACGUCUUUCCCCAACUAGAUAAAGGUACAGCAUUAUUUUCUCUCCUAGAAGGAAGUAUUGCCAUCGAAAAGUUUUGAAGGUCCCUCCAUUCCUUAACCCAUUUAGUUUUUAGUGCAAAAAAACCUGAUAUCCAACCCAGAAAUUAUUGUUAACAUUAUGAUAAUUUUUCACAAAAAUAAUAAUUAUGCAGGUUAUUCAGACCUCUCACAUUUUGAUAGCCUAGGGCUAUUGUUUCCUUGCCUUAACUAAUGAUUUGGUUACCAGAUGACAUGCAUCCACCCUUGCCCAUUGGACAAGUGAGGUUGAAAACUUAGGCCCCAUUCACACGAAAGCUUAAACAUGCUGUUUGGUUAAACAUGGUUUAAAUUAAUAUUUGUUUUCUUCAUGAAAUCUGCCUACUGUCUUUUAUCAAAUGCGAAUUUAGUGCAAUUACAUAAUGUGUUAAGGUUCAUGUGAAUUCUGUGUAAAAGCAUGUUUUCUCAUUUCAGAGACUGUUUUUCUCUUCUUCCUCUCCUGUUUCAUUUAGUGUGAAUAAGGCAUUACUUUCUGCUUGUCCCGGAAAACUGGACAGGACUUUCUUUGUAGUCUGUCAACUAAUUAAAUUUAAGUUUGCUGUUGAGUCCAAACCUUUCGCCCCUAAAUGUUAAUGAAACCUUUUAAAACUUAUUGUAAGCUGCAUGUAGCUUUCUGUUUAAAUUCGUUUUGAGAUACUGAAGUGAUUUUUUAUUCUUUCAUCAGACAUGCUAUUCUCUAAUUCGGAAGUAAAUGAAAGGCACGCCUCACACGCUGGUGCAAGAACCUUGAAUUCCAUUGGCAGUGCCAGUCUUGUACCACAGGAUAACUGGCUACAGAGUGUUGCUCUGUUUGCAAUCAAAUGGUUGCUUCAUGGAGUUAUAGCCCUAGCAGUACUGGUGCGCAUCUUUGUGUUUGGUGAGCCUGUCACACGACCUCACUCUGACAAUGCCGUGCUGUUUUGGAGGCAUAGAAACCAAGCAGAAGCAGAUCUAGCCAAGGUACCUUGGAAUGUAGGAAGAGCAAGAACUUAGAGUGUAGCAGAAAUGAUUUUUGUUCUGUAGCAAGAUGAUUAAACUAUUUUCAUAAUGUCAUGAGCAUAUUCCUGAAAAAUUGACCUGAUGAAGUUCAAGCCAUGUGCAGGUGCUGUGGUGUUGGCAGCAAAUCUUAGUUACCACACAGCAUGUCUUAAGAUAGAUCCAGUUUCCAGAUCUAUAUAUUUUUUAACUUUUUACAUGGUCAAGUUAGUGAAAAAUUAUAUGCUAAAAAGAGUGCCUUAAAAUUUGCUGAGUUUCCUAAUGUGAGAGUGGUGUGCUGAAAACUAACAAGGAUAUGGCUCUGCAAAGUCACUAAUUUUUCCAGACGUAUGUAUGGUGGAGGGCAAGUUUUUCCCCUUCCGAUACAAACAUUGUCAUUUUUAAAAGGUUUUCUUCACUUCUCUCAGCCUAAUGCAUUGCAUUAAUUAAUAUUUCAUCAACUUAAAUUGCAUUAGUGUUUGGUCAAGAAAAGCUAUUGAAUUUGAAUUGCUGAAAGUGAAAGAGGUUUUAGAGGGUGGUUGAUUGUUGUUUCUUCUGCCAUUAUGUUGUUAUAGAGCUGUUUUAAAUUCAUAUUAGUAAUGACCAGUCUUUCAAUAAUGGCCGUUCAUGAUCUUUCUUCUUUUUCUCUCUCUUGUUUUUUUUUCCUCAGGGAGACACCAUGUCAGCAUCAAGGCACCUACAGAUCUGCCUGACAGCUCUGAAACGCCCACUUCCAGUCUCCAAGCUUGAUGUGGGCUGUGGCCUGAUUUGGCAGGUAAUGCGUCAUAUCCUGCACAGGCUGUGGAUUGGAUCAUGGCUUGUCUCUGCUGCUGGUGGAAUUAAGCUACGAGGCAGAAGCAAAGAUGACAAGGAGCAUGCUAAACUCUCUGCAAAGGAUGCAGCCAUGGUUUAUCAUCAGCUUCAUCAACUGAGUCUCACAGGUGAGCAGUGAUCAGCUUACGCAACCUUACAUUAAACUGCAGGCAUCAAAAGGUAGAAGAGCUCAAUGGUUCAAGGGUUGGAUCAAUUGCAGUUAAUGAAUGCUGGCCUCAAAGUUCAAGUUGUCCAAAACAAAUGAAGUAGUUUUUUUUACAAUGUACAGACUGGUUACUAGUAUUGUUAAUUGGUACAUUUUGUUGUUUCUGACUAGAAAGGUUUGAAGGUUUUGUUCAGGCCAUGUUAGCGUAAAAAUUCCAACAAGCAACUUGGCCUUAAAAUGUGACGUAAGACUAGAUAAAAUGGCGACAAACAACAUAAAAAUGGGUUAAAUACUGACUUGCCUCACUCCUCAAAGCGUGAAAACGAUUGUAUUUAAAUUCAGGCUGGGAACAUGCAAUGUACCCCCCCCAAGACGGCUUCUUUCUUAGCUGUUCAUCCAAUCCAAACUAUAUUAUUGGGAAGGAAAAAAAUGGCAAAAUAGACAAAUUAGUUCUUCAUUUAUACAUUCCAAGACAAGAAAAUCAUCAGUCGUCAUUCAAGGGUAGAGGUGAUUGAGAUUUCAUAUUGUGCUACAUGUAACGUUUUUCUAUAAAGUCCUUCAUUGGGAUCAUUUUGUGACGGCUUCUUUCUUAGCUGUUCAUCCAAUCCAAACUAUAUUAUUGGGAAGGAAAAAAAUGGCAAAAUAGACAAAUUAGUUCUUCAUUUAUACAUUCCAAGACAAGAAAAUCAUCAGUCGUCUUUCAAGGGUAGAGGUGAUUGAGAUUUCAUAUUGUGCUACAUGUAACGUUUUUCUAUAAAGCCCUUCAUUGGGAUCAUUUUGUGUUUUCUAGGUCAUGUGUCCAUGGAUGGCUGGCGUUCGUCAUUCCUUGGCCUGGCAGCUAUGAACUUGGCAGAGUCAGCCGAUAAACUUGUAAGCUUUGAAGUCCUGGCUGAGAUCUACGUAUCAGCUGCAAUUCAAAUAAGAAGUUCAUUUCCCGAUGGACUUCACUUCAUUGCGGUAGGUUAUGCCACUCUCAGUAACUGCAAGUAAAGCUUCAUACAUAUACUCAAGUCAGGAGAAGAUCAGCCUGUGUUGCAGCUGGCUCACGCUUCGUCUGAAUCAUUUGUAUAAUAGUCCAGGCAGUGUAGAGUGUCUGGAACAAAGGCUAGGGGAAGAUACACUUUCUUAGCCAGAGAAAACGCCGACAUUAUGCCAGGCCACAGGUGGUUUUCCAAUGAAGUGACGUCUGAGAAAGCAGUGCAGAAAUUCCAUACUGACGAUGUGUCACUACCCAGAUCUGGGUAGUGGCACGUCAUCAGUGUGGAAUUUCUGCACUUGUUUAUCAGGCCUCAUUUCGUGGGGAAACCACGAGUGGCUGUUUUCUCAUGCUAACACUUUGUCAGACCUUGAUUUAAUACAGUGAAACCUUCUUAAAGUGCCCACGUAAAGGUAGGAGAGAACCCUGGGAACGAGGUUGGCCACCUAUGAAGCGGCCACCCUGUAUUAGUGGCCGGUAUACACAAUCCUGAAAUAACUUAAAUUACCGGUAAGCCUCCGUACCUCUCGAAAUAAAAAUUUCUCGUUUUUUGUUAUCCUCCAGAGGUACUUUCUUAGUCGUGCACAGACAUCUUAUGGAGCCAGCGGCGAAACAGUUCCAGCUUCUCUACAGUGGCUUUUCCAACCCAAGGGACACCGUUUCUUUGUGAGCAGAAAAUGGUCAUGUAAAGCAGGAGACAGCAUGUGGGCCAGUGUCAGUAAUAAAGGUAAGAGCCACAAUGUCUUGAAUAAGCGGGGUGUCAGUUACUGAGAAGUUAACAACCCGUGUCUCUAAAUGGAAAUGGGUGCACGGGAUGUCCAGGGGCUUCCACUUUUGACAAAGCCAGCCACUGGACCGAGUUACAUUCCCAUGGCUGGUAAACCCGCACCUUCCAGCCAUGAGCCCGCACAGCAAUGGAAACAGGCACCUGUCACACUGAUUAAUCAGUGGAAUGGUAAAGGAGGGGGUAGAGUGGGGGUAAAUGCACAUUCCAUAGACUAAAGGAAGCGAGUGCCCUGUAAGCAUAUGGAGCUGAUGCAAGCACGGCUGACCAUGCUUGAGCCACCACACUGACCGCUGACUGACAUCAAGAGACUGCAUUCCUUGUUGUUAACUGCGUUAGAUUUCAUUUUAACUUCUAAGAGACCUUUGCCAAAAUUUCAAACACAAAUCUUUUAAGUCUGCUGCUUGUUGGCCACUGUUAGUCUCGGAUCCUGGAUCCUUAGGUAAAGGUAGCAUCUAAGGGAACAGUUUAAUCUCAGUUUCUAAUAAUUAGAGCGGUUGAUGGCUCCUAAUGAUUAUGUGUCAUCCUCCAUGUAUGUCCCCUCUCAACCACCUACAAUGUAUGCAAAAUAUCUAAAUAAAUUUACCGAGGAUGACACGUUUCGCCGUCGUCGGAUCGUAUGGUCCCUGGUGUUGGGAAGCGAGUGCUCUCGCUACUACCGCGCCAUCCCCGCUCCCCCAUUGUUCAUAACUUUAUUCAUUUACAACAACAACAAAUUUUAUUGAAAAUUGGAGAAUAACUAAUUACAUUACUUUCCCACCCGCAAAUAGCUUAUAAACUAAUCGAGGCGGGGGGAGCUGAAGACAUAUUACAAAACAAGAUUUAAAUAUAGAUGGACUAAAUAACAGUGAAGACACCACUAUACAGUAAAUAGAAUUUAAACUAACAUAAAACAAGACAAGUACAUAACGAUUACGAAGAGAGGCUAACCUAAAGUAUUAAAUAACUUAAUAAGACGGGAGACUUCGACAUAAUCAUCUUCUGACCGCAAGAAAUUUAGUAAUAAUUUCUUUAUUUUUUUACGAAAGGACGAACGUGUAAGUAUUUUAUUCCAAUAAGGAAUAGUAGAGUUCCAAAUUUGGGCACCGAUUCACGUGAAAAAGGCAUACAUUUUAUCGGUUCUAGAGAACUUAACAUAAAACGAGUCGCUAGAGACAGAUCUUGUUCCGUAGUUUCAUUUUGCCUUGGUGUUGUUAUUGUUUGACGUUUUUUUUUUUCAUCAAUAAUUGUUGAUUGGUUUCAGUUGAUCCAAUUGCCCAUGUCAGCCAAGCUUUCAGAGAGCACCUUCUGCGCUAUGCACUCUCCUCUAUUGUACUACCCACCUCCAGUGAUGAGAACUCAUCUGGUAACGAGAGUGCUCGUGAUGCCCUGCAUUUCCUGCAUAUGCUGAAUGAGUGCGCGUCUACCAGUAGAGACUCUAUCAACAUGUCAUCAGCAGCAGCUGCUGUCAGUGAUGAUGAGGUGGCCAAGUGGUGGGUAGCAGUAGGAAUGGUGGCUGUUCACUGGCUGAAAGGCGAGGAUGAAGCUGCCGAAAGGUUUUACAGUACCGUGGAAAGCGUUCCCAAGAGCUUGUGGAAUGCAGAGUAAGUCUAAUUAGUUUUCAGUUUCGUUUACUGUUUGGUAUUAGGGAGCUGAAACAACCACAACAAUGACAACAAUUUUUUUAUGAGCAAAACAACAGCUCUCCUAAUGCGACGUUUUAUUUAGGACGCGAACAUACGACGGUGACUUUUGCUUUCUCUGUUUGAACGUGGAUAAAUUUUCUCAAGAAUUCGACUCCGAGAAAAAUCGCCUCUAUUUGACAAAUCGAGCGGCGGUUCCAAAUUGACGCGAUGUAAUUUGAAAGGACGUAAAUUACUUUUUUAUCGACGUUUUCACUGCCGUCGUCAUCGUCGUCGCUUAAGCUCCCUAUUCUCAGGUGGCAUGCGUACGUGCUUGCAUUGCGACCUGUCCCCAAGAAUAUCGGGCUUAGGCCUCGUCCACACGUAUUCCCCGUCGCGCGUGUUUCGCGCUCCUCGCUCGUUUGCGCUUGCCUUCACUUGCCUGAAAAAAGCGAAAAAACUAACGCCUGUUCUACAGGCUAAAAAGGGUCAAUCUCUGAGACUAGAAAUACCGGAGAAGUAUAGAAUAAUCACUGGAGUUAUCAGAAAAUCAGACUAGAAAUACCGGAACGGUCGAACCAAUCUGAUUUGAGUCGAAUCAGACCAAAAACGUCAAACUUUGGCCGCGUCCCAAUCAGUGGGUCCAUGUUAUGUUAGGAAAUAAAUUUUCUCCCGAACGAGGCUAGAUAUAAUAUAUAAUAUAUUUUUUACAUUAUUAGUUAAGCUCGUCGCAUUUGAAGAUCGAAGUUUGUCCCGGAGACGAUCUUCAGACGUUCUUUCCGUCUGCUUCGGACAGAUAGAACGUGUUGGACGAUCCAAACUCAUUCAGACGAACUUAACUGAGCCAGACGUCGAACAUUUCAUGGACUUAACUCACUAAGUUUGGUUCGUCUCAUGAAAAGUUCGAAGUUUGACCUAGGCCUUGGUACAAUUGUUCCUCUUCUCACACGGCCACUUUAGGGACGGAAGAAAGUUGCCGUUGUAAAGAGGUGGGGCCAAGUUAGGUUUCUGGGAAACUGCCCACCUACCCCUCCCCUAAGCCAUCAUUUUGUCCAAAGUGAGAAGUAAGUGUUAAUGUUAUCUUAUGGGAGGGGUAGGUGGGCGGUUUCCCAGAAACCUAAAUGGAGCGUUUUCACUCACGUGGCCAGCAUCUAUAUGCAAAUUUAUUGGGACAAAAGAUAGCGUUUGCAUAAGGAAAGAGUUCAACUCCCACAGAACUGGUUUGGGACACCAAUAUGGCCGCCGUGACGUCAUGUGAAAACACUCUAUUGAUCCAAGAGUCAAUGUAUGGACUGUCCGCCAAAAAAAUCGGCGGUUGUAGAUAGGUGGCUGUUAGUGGAGAUACGAUUAUAUUAAUUAAAUGAUCUUUUGGAAACAUUGUUUCUCUUUCAGAGACCCUGUGGCAAACUCCAGAAAUCCAUUAGCAAAAGCAAUUCUAAGAGCAUAUCUAGCCAAGAAGCGAAUCGUUAAGGGAGACUUGACACCUGACUCGCUUGAAGACUGUUUGCAGCUGUGUUGGAAGUCCGGUGCUCAUUUGGCGGAAAGCAUCAACCUUGGUUCCUCGCUUCAUCACUCCGGCGUAAGCCGGCUGCAUCAGCUGGCACAGCUGUUGUGCUGUGAUUGGUUGUUAGGCACUAGAAAAGAUAUCUGGGAGUUCUCGCAAAAAUCGAAUCCCAACCAGUCAGUCGAUCCUGUGGAACUACGGUCAUUUCAGAGUGAUCUUGAUAGCUUGCAGAAACUCACUCAUAAUGUCCCCGCGGCACUUCCAAGGGUAAGGCGCAGAAUCUUGCCUUAACUGAGCUAACAAGGCUGUUAUGUAAGCUAAAAACCUCAUAAGGCCUAUAUGUCUAAAAGUUUUUUUUGUUACUGUGAACGGUGCCAAAAACACAUGACAUGUAUUUGCUUAAAAUAAACCAGUUAGGCCGUUUCAAACGUCGAACUGCACUUGUGCCGAAUCCAAUUAAAGCUAAAAUUUUCUUCUUUGUAUUUUUUUUAGCUUUAUUUGUACGAGGCUGUAACACGUCUAAUGGCAGGAGCUAACCCUACAGAGACACAUCAUUUGCUACAGAGGAGUACACUAAGACAGCGAGUGGUUACCUCCUGUCACCAUGAGGGACAUCACCAUGGAGACGCAGGUACACUAGCACUAAUAAAUACCAUGUCUAUUUUCUCUUUCAUUUCAAAAUAGACACACUUUCAUAGAGAUUUUGUUUUCGCCCCUUGUGUCACUACGUCAUUAGAGACUGGCCUUAGAUUCAAGGACGAAGACGACUACGAGUAUGAGAUUUCUCAAUUCUAAGUAGUGCGCGCGCAUGAACCAGCGUCAUUUUGGCGAGAAAACGUGAUAGCCGUCGUCAUUCUACUAAGAGUUUCAGCUUUUAAACUUUUUUCUUGUAAUAGUUUAAUGGAUCUAAAUAAACUUCGUUUCAUCCAUUUACAGACUAUGAAGAAGAACGCACUGGGGUAACAGGAGAGCGAGAGAAGGCAGCGGCCCUAAUGAUGGCUUGCCGACAUCUUCCACUGCCAUUCUUAUCCGGUCCAUGCCAGAGGAAAAAGAUGCUCGUCGAAGCUGCAACUUCCCUAGAAAAAAUCGGUGACAAGAGAGCGCUGCAGGAAUGUCAGCAACUCCUGUUACAGCUUAAUUCAGUAGCAUCUAUUGAGUAGCAAACGGUUUUUCUCUCCUCUUUUUUGUCCGAGGUUAGAGCGUUUCAAUCCGUUCUUUUGCUUUAAGUAAGUGAAGUUCGUUAUGCAUUCUCGUGCUAUUAAAAAGCCGCAUAAAGCAACGCCAUACACAUUAUUGCAGUUUGUUUUAGUUUUCCGAAACUUAUUCCACUUGCAACCUGAGGAAAUGUGGUCAUCAACAGUGGACUGACCUUAGCCUCUUUCCUUGCGCGUGUCCUCCUCCCUUCUCGCGCGCAUUAUUCAUCUCGCGCGUGCUCCUGCCAUGCGGGCUAGAGAGGACGGAGAAAAUCUUUCCAACCAAAAAUGGAAAUUAGUUGGAUGAUAUGGGUUAUGUUACAUUGGUGAAACGAUCAUCAAUCCCGCGUGCUUAUUAAUUUUAUUUAUACCAGUUGUUAUUUUUGAGUAAAGAUUUAUUUUAUUGUCUUGAGUGCCAUGAGUGAAAAGAAACCCUAUACUAAGUAUUUGUUAAUCGGAACCUCGUUUAAUCAUGGUAGAUUUCUAAAAUAAAGGGUAAAGUGUCUUAAAAUGUUUAAAGUCAUGCAACGAUGGUGUCGGUUUUCGUCAGGUGUUACUUAGCGAUUACUUGCCUAUAAUCUCGUCCCAUGUUUUGGGAUAUCUCAUGAUUGUAAAAGACAAUGUUAUUUGCGAGCGUGAGCAGCCUGUUUUGGUUUUUUGUCCGGUAGACAAGUAAAAAAG